AUGAAUUCGUCACGCACGAAUGCUCGUUCAGGCUUGAUUCCUCCUGGAACCAUCUCCGGCGCAACCAACAAGCCGUCUGGCAUAGCUAGUAGGUUCGAGCGAAUGAACGAGGUGGAUGGUCUCUCACAAAAAACAGAGCCUACAAAAACGAAUGCGCAAGCAGCACCAUCGUCAAAAGUCGGCAAUGGAACGACGAAAUCCCACAAUCGAAACAAUUCACUAUCCUCAUCCCUAUCUUCCAGAACGUCUUCGUCGCGGACAACCUCCAAUUCUUCCUUUUCAGCCACGGUCGGCCCAGGUUUGCAACCACCCUCGCAUGGAAACCCACGACCCCAGACUUCUUUCGGCUUUCGCAAGACCGGAGGCUCUUCUGUCCCUAGGCCGGCGACGUCAUUGGAUACCCAUGAUGAGGAUAUGUCUGGAUCCCAGGUUCUUGGCAAAAGAAAGGGUAUGCAGUUAUCUCAUAAGUCACAUUUUCACCUUUCACCCGGAUAUUACGAUAAGUACAUGAACUACACGGCAGACUUGUCACCACGUCCAAGUGCACUGCCCAUUCCCGAUGCAUCUACCGUCAGGAAGCGUGACACUUCAUUGAGUGCCAUGAUGGGAAAUCUGACCCUAACGGAAACCAAAACCCCUGUCGAUUAUACCCAAAACCCAUGUAAUACGAAUAAGCAAGUGCGAAACACUAUGCACUCUCGUGUACCCAAGGCCUUACACCACUCAAGAUCAUGCACCCUGGUCACCCCUUCUCCAUCUCCUCCCAAGCACAGGUCUCCCCAGAGGCACCCACCAAGGAUAUUACCGUUUCUAACUAAGGACUCGAAUAUAAAAGCCUGGGAUCACGAGAGCAGACUCCAGGACUUUGAGCAGGUCUGUGACGCCUUAUUCGCCCGGAUGAGCCAAGCAGGCCAGGACAGCUACGGUCUGAAGGAAACGGUGGAGCUUUACAAAACGCGAGUGAACGAACUCGAAGCGACGCGAACACAGCUCAUGGACGCCAAUUGCUCAUUGCGGGUUGAAUUGGAGACGUUGAAGAAUAAAGUUACAGCUGCAGAGGAGGCACUCAAGGCCGCCGAGAGAGAGCAUGAGAUUGCGAUGGAUGAGUCCGACAGGCGUCUCCGCAACGAAGCUGAGACGAUCCGGCAAGAAUGUCAGAAGCAGAUCGAGGCUCUGUCUUCACAGCACCAGGAAGAACUGCGGGAAGUUCGGAGACGUUAUGAUUCCGAGCUAGAGAAUGAGCGCGCUCUCCGGCAGCGGGAAGUCAGUCAGAUUACCUCCCAAUGUGCUCUGGACACGCAGCGUGGGCAGCUCGAACUCGCGAACAAGGAUCGCGAAAUUGAGCGACUUCAGAGGGAGUUGCAGGCCGCGAAGGAGGACAUAGAAUUGGAGAAGUCGAAAAACCGAGAUCUCCGGAAGAACUUGGAUACUGCCAGCAGUAAUAGCGUAACUCUCGAGUCGUCGAUCCGCGCGCUCAAAGCACGAAUUGAGUUCCUAGAAUCCGGCAGCAAGGAACAAUCGGAAGCAUUCGCUCGAUUGAACCAGCAACUUGCGGACGCCAUCGCAGAGACGAACGCCGCAAAGGAGAAGUUGAGAAAGGAGGAAACGUUGCGCCGGAAGCUGCACAACCAGGUGCAGGAACUGAAGGGCAACAUUCGAGUGUUUUGCCGUGUUCGUCCACCACUACCUGCCGAGCCGGCCAACGAAAUCGCCCAGAUCAGCUUCCCGGACGAGGGAGCCGACUGCAAGGAGAUUUCGAUUCUGGGACCAGAGGAGAAGAACAGUCUGGGUGUCGUCACUCGCAAGAAUAACGCGUUCUCCUUUGACCGAGUAUUUGGGCCGAAUACGCAGAAUGCCGAUGUGUUUGAGGAGAUCAGCCAGCUGGUGCAGAGCGCGUUGGACGGGUACAACGUGUGCAUCUUCUGUUACGGCCAGACUGGCAGCGGCAAGACAUAUACCAUGUCUUCAGAGGAUGGAAUGAUUCCGCGGGCCGUCCAUCAGAUCUACGAUACGGCCAAGAACCUGGAAGAGAAGGGCUGGACGUAUAAGAUGGAGGGCAACUUUGUCGAAGUGUACAAUGAAAACUUGAACGAUCUGCUCGGGAAAGCAGAGGAGUUCGAUAAGAAGAAGCACGAAAUCCGGCAUGACAUGCAGAAAUGCAAGACGACUAUUACGGACGUGACGACCGUCACACUUGACUCUCCGGAGAUGGUCGAGUCGAUACUGCGGCGUGCGGCGGCCAACCGAUCGGUCGCAGCGACCAAGGCUAAUGAACGGUCUUCGCGAUCGCAUUCCGUGUUUAUUCUCCGACUGCUGGGAGAGAACAGUAUCACAGGCGAGAGAAGUGAAGGCACGCUGAACCUGGUUGAUCUGGCCGGCAGCGAGCGACUCAGCCACAGUGGAGCAACGGGCGAGCGAUUGAAGGAGACGCAAAACAUCAACCGCAGCCUGAGCUGCCUGGGCGAUGUCAUUAGCGCGUUGGGCCAGGGGAAGGAGGGCGGCCACAUCCCGUACAGGAACAGCAAGCUCACAUAUCUGCUUCAAUUCUCGCUGGGCGGAAACUCGAAAACGCUGAUGUUCGUCAUGGUCAGCCCGCUGCAGGCUCAUCUGGGCGAGACCUUGACGAGUCUGAAGUUUGCGACGAAGGUGCACAACACUCACAUUGGGACGGCCAAGCGGCAGACCCGUGUUCGUGAGUCAUAG